AUGUCAAACAGGAAAGGGUUUCGUUUGACUCUGCCAGUAACGCCUCGGCCGCCUUCUCGUCCGAGAACUCCUCUCCUCUGUUUCGAGGACACUGUUUUAGACAAUAAGAUUGAUACUGGCUCAGACGAGUCAACAGUGUCAGUUUUAUCCAAGUCCUUAAAGCGAAAGUUGCCCGCAAAAGAUGAAAAAGCCCGCCAAAGUGCUUCGCCUUCAUCGAGUGAAGAGGAAACCCGCGAAAGUCAGCUUGAAAGUACGAGCCGACGAAAGAAACCUGUUUCUGGUUAGUAAUCGCUCUACCCUUUUACCACCAGAAAUAACAAUAAUACCUGACUCACAGAAUAACAAAUUUUCUCGUUUUCUCAGAGUGGUCUGUUGUCAAGGUGAAAGAUUGGGCGGUGCAGAGUCUUGGUGAUGCCGUUGGCGAGAAAUUUGCAUACGAAGAAAUUGAUGGUGCAAUUCUCUUGUCACAAACGGUUCAAACUGAAGAGGCAAUGGAAAAACUUGGCCUACAUACAAUUGGAAAAAAAGAAAAAUUAUUGGCCAAAGUAGAUGAACUUUCAGGUAUGUGUGGUAACUCGCGUGUCUGUUGAAAAUUUUCAGUUUGCUAUAAGCUUAAACCUUCGUUGUUUACUUGCCUGCAGUUGUCUUAUGACUUAUCGUAGAUUGUAAAUGGGGCGUUUAUUGGUCAAAAGGUGGUUAUUUGAGUGUGCGCUUCAAUUAGAUCAUUUGAGGUAAUGCUCUUUUUUAGAGAUUUAAAUAUAGCCUUGUAUGAGAAAAUAGAAAUGGAAGGUGGAAGCAUUGUAAGUCGUGGCAAAGAAAUUUAUCUUCUUUCCCAAUCAAAAUAUUUCUAUUAUGAUUAGUUUUCCUGGUGUAUUUUGUGAGAGUUUUGAUAAGCUGUUGAUUCCAUUGCCUUUAUGUUUUGUCAAACAGGAGGACAGACCCAACCCAAUCAGAGUGCGACGUGUGGACACGUGACAGGCUACUAACCCACCUAGAAAAAAAGAAUUUAACGUGA